AUGAAUCGAGCUGUCCAAAGGGUUAAUCGACUUCCAAGACUGCCAAAAUCAACAAAUCCUCCAGAAUCAUCCCUUCCGCAGUUUUUCGAAAACCUCCGCGGCGUAUUUCCAGUCUACAAACCUCCACAUACCAAUUUAAUCGACCUCAAAGCCAACAUCGAAGACACCCUCCUCGAGAACUACGACAACUUGCCCUUCACAGAAGAUAUUCCCUUACUCCUUCCUUCUGAAUCUGGCGGCGAAGUCGUCCGAAGCGAAGCUCCAGAUCGAAGAUUUCUUCCGUCAGUAGAAAACAAACUCGAGAGAAUCAAAAGAAUCGGCCUUCAAAGCCGCUUUUUCCCAGAAAUAGGAUUUCAUUCCUCUGGACUGACUUUUUGCGCCAUCGGAAAAUUCGAAUCGCCGGAAGAAGAAAUAUUCACUCGAUAUAUUCAGCGAGGCCAAACUUGGCAUAUAAAACUUCUCCUCGGAAUUUCAACAGGCGAAACAGUCCAUCCAGAAGAAAUAACACCCGAAGACAUCAAACUGAUCGAAAAAGAAGGACUCUUCACAGUCGAAGGAUUUUUACUGGCGCGACAGAAGAUCAAAAAUGACGAAAAAUCGUGCAGAAGACUGUUGAAGCUUUCCUUGGACAGAUUGGUCACUAACGAGAGAUAUAAAAUCAUGGAGAAAUAUCUUUACGAAUAUGGCCCCGACGAGAGUUUUGUUAACAUUUCUCUUGGGAACAAGGACUGGCUGAAUGAAUUCUACUCCACCGCCGUCACCCGCGUCCUCGACGGCCAAGUCCUCUCAUUUUCCAAAGAAACGAACGAGCUAGAAUUAGAGCUGCAAAUUUUGGGAAAUCCGACGCACCAUUUUUUCGGCGUCCUCGGCGACUAUUUCACAAAAAAUGCUCUUGGAGUGAAUUCGGCGGUUGUUUCUUCUCGAAGAUGCAACUUUGGCGGCGCUAGAAUGACGGAGAUUUCAGAAAACGCGCUGACGCAUUAUGAGAUUUAUGAUAUUGAACGGAUCAAGGAAUCGGUCAAAGCGACGAAAAAAUAUGCAAAGACAAUUCAAAAGCGAUUGAAAUCAGAGGCUGAUUCUGAUUACCAGAAAUAUCAACAGUUGGUGAAAGAAAAAGGGAAAUUCGUGAAGAAGGUUCAAAAUUUGACGGAAAGAGUCGAAAAAAGAUCGUCGGCGAUUCAAGAGAAACAAAUCGAACUCUCCAAAACUACUUCUUUGCUCGAUCAAAUGAUUGCUUCUGGAUAA